GCGCGGUGCAGAAACGCCGUCCAUUUCUCCAGCAACCGGGAAGGACGUUGGUGUUAAGUUGCUACCAUGGCUUCCGGCGCGUUGGCAAAGCCUCAGAUGCGGGGUCUCCUGGCCAAGCGUCUGCGGGUUCAUAUUUUUGGAGCAUUCAUUGUCGCUCUAGGGGUUGCAGCUUCCUAUAAGUUUGGUGUGGCUGAACCAAGAAAGAAGGCAUAUGCAGAUUUCUACAGAAAUUAUGAUUCCAUGAAAGAUUUUGAGGAGAUGAAGGCGGCUGGUAUCUUUCAGAGUGCAAAGUGAUUUUGGAAUGGAAAGAAUUUCUUUGGAUUGAGUUCCAUAGAAGUUUGUCAUUGACCUGUUCCUGAACUAUGAAACGUGAAUAUGUGGACUAUGGAAUAGUUUCUCUUGAUAAAUAAAUACUGUGAACAGUAAACGUGGCUCAGUUAU